AUGGCAAACAACUUAUUACUUAUUUUCUUUCUCCUUUUCUCCGGUAGGAUUGAACUCGGUUCCACAUUGCCGGAACAGCCGCGUCAAAUCAACUCCAACUCUGUCCUUGUUGCCCUCUUGGACUCCCGCUACACCGAACUCGCCGAGCUCGUGGAGAAGGCCCUUCUUUUACCAACACUAGAACAAGCAGUGUACAACUAUAAUCUCACUAUUUUUGCCCCCAAAAAUGAAGCCCUGGAGCGCGAUCUCGACCCAGAAUUCAAGCGGUUCCUCCUCGAACCAGGCAAUAUCAAGUCGCUUCAGACCCUCAUCCUCCAUCACAUCCUCCCCGCUAAGCUCACUCUGGGAGAUUGGCCAACAGAACCCACCGAGCCAACUCGGCACCCCGCUCUCUCUAACGACCGUAUAGAAUUUUCAUGUAGUUUCAGUUCAAAUCAUUCUCGGAGUACUAAUAAAUAUGUAGGUGCUGUGAAGGUUGUAUAUCCUGACUCCAUUGUUCGUCCUGAUGGAAUCAUUCAUGGCAUUGAAAAGGUAAUAAUCCCAAAGUCCGUUGAGCACUCAUUCAAUAACAGGCGCAGCCUGAGAUCAAUUUCUGCCGUUAAACCAGAAGGAGCACCAGAAAUUGAUCCAAGAACCCACAAAAUGUUGUCAAAGAAAAAGUCAAAUUCAGUACCAAUCGAUGCUCAUGCACCCUCCAAAUUAUCGAUAUACGAGGCCAUGGCACCGGCACCAUCCUUGGCUCCGGCUCCGGCCCCUGGUCCAGGUGGGCCCCAUCACCAUUUCGACGGCGAGAGACAGGUGAAGGACUUCAUUCAGACACUCCUCCACUACGGCGGGUAUAAUGAAAUGGCCGACAUUUUGGUUAAUUUAACAAAUCUUGCUACAGAAAUGGGGAAAUUAAUCAGCGAAGGCUAUGUUUUAACAGUUUUAGCUCCAAAUGACGAGGCCAUGGCGAAACUCACUACUGAACAAUUGAGCGAACCCGGUGCUCCUGAACAGAUAGUUUAUUAUCACAUUGUACCGGAGUAUCAGACAGAAGAGAGCAUGUACAAUGCCGUGAGGAGAUUCGGGAAGGUGGCAUAUGAUACAUUGCAUGUCCCACACAAGAUUUUGGCUAAAGAAGCUGAUGGAUCGGUGAAAUUCGGCGAUGGAGAGGAUGCAGCUUACUUGUUUGAUCCAGAUAUUUACACAGAUGGGCGAAUUUCAGUACAGGGGAUUGAUGGGGUGUUGAUUCCACCGGAGGAAAAGAAGGAAGUGAAAACUGCUAAUCAAAAUGUUAAGAAUUUGAACAAACCAAGAAGAGGGAAAUUUCUUGAAGUAGCAUGCGGACUGCUUGGGGCAUUCGGCCAUGAUUCCCAGUUCAUCACAUGCCAGGAAAAAUAA